UCCCAUUUGGAGGUGCGUUCUCUGUGUUUGGGUGCAGGUUGUUCUCGGACAGAAAACACUUGUCCUUAAGAAAAAUAAGGAUGAAAUCAUCCGAGCCAAUCUGUGGACUAAUACUGAUUACUUAGAACCAUAUCAGUUCCUACUGAUUUCGAUUUAGAUAGGACUGAAAUCAAUAGGGAUCUCUAUCAUAAAAAAAAUUGUUAGGGAUCAAUUCCAAAACGCUUAUAGAAUUGGCUCCUUAGACCUGCAACCUGGUGAUUUGGUCCCAAAAACCCUAGAAUCGAAUCGACUGUUUCAAAAAGGCCCAAAUCAGGAUCAAUCAUGGCCAAUUCCAAUUGAAUCGAAUCAAUCGAUCCAAUUCCGAUUUGGGUCGAACUUCUCUCGAAAUCUCCAAUUGAGCUUGUUAAUAAGAAGGGGAUUUAUGAAUCAUCAUAGUGUGCCACUUCCUGAACUUGCAUCCCCAAAGUUGAAUUAUGCUCAUUUUGAAAUCUCCAGAUCGCGUUAAGUUGAUUGCUUGUAGUUCUACAACUUCCCUCAUUGCUUCAUUGAUAUCAUCUUCAAAACAAUCCACCCAAACCCAUGCGUUGGUGAGCCAACCUGAUCAACAACAGUUACUGUCUCUGUUAACCCAUUACUCAACAAGAACCCAUUCACUCCAAAUCCAUUCCAAACUGAUCACAACUGGGUUCUGCAGAUGUAGAGUGGACAAUACUGGUAUACUAAUCUGGAACACUUUACUUAGGGAGUACUCACUCGGCAUUUUCCCUGAAGAAGCUUUGAAGCUUUAUAAACAAGUUCAAGAGGUUUCAGCUUCUUCUUCAUAUACACCUGAUAGCUUCACGUACUCUUUCCUCCUCAAGGCUUGUGCUAAUUUGGAUCAACCCAUCAAGGGAAAUCAGGUAUAUGCUCUUGUUAUCAAAGUGGGAUAUGGGUUUCACGUUUAUGUGCAGACAGCUUUGGUAAACUUGUACACAGUUUGUGGGUGUUUAGUUGAAGCUAAGAAAGUGUUCGAUGAAAUGCAUGAAAGAAAUUUAGUAACUUGGAAUGUCAUGAUCACUGGUUUCAUAAAAUGGGGUGAGAUUGAUAUGGCUCAGUCACUGUUUGAUAGAAUGCUUGUUCGGAAUGUUGUCUCCUGGACAUGUAUGAUUGAUGGGUAUACCCGGAUGAAUCAACCUGUGGAAGCCCUUCGUCUUUUUAUUUGGAUGAUGAUAGAUGAUGGCAUAAAACCGACUGAAAUAACAAUCCUGGCCAUCCUUCCUUCAGUUGCAAAUCUUGGGGCACUUGAUAUUUGCCAGUCACUUCACUCUUAUAGUGAGAAAGUUGGGUUUAAUGCUUUUGACAUCCGUGUUACAAAUUCAUUUAUAGAUGUAUAUGCUAAAUGUGGGUGCAUUGAUAGUGCAUUUAAAGUGUUUGAAAAGAUCUCAACUGAGAAUAGGAACUUGGUGUCGUGGACAUCAAUAAUUUCUGCAUUCGCCAUGCAUGGGAUGGCAACAGAAGCUGUAAAGUGGUUUGAGAAGAUGGAGCAGAUGGGCUUGAGUCCUAAUGAGGUGACUUUCUUGAGUCUUUUGAAUGCUUGCAGCCAUGGAGGAUUAGUUGACGAGGGACUUGAGUUUUACUCAAAAAUGGUUAAUAGGUACCAAAUCUUGCCAAAUAUUAAGCACUAUGGUUGCCUAGUAGACAUGUUAGGAAGGGCGGGGAGGUUAGAGGAUGCAGAGAAAAUGGUGAUGCAGAUACCUGCAGAGAUUGUUAAUGUGAUCAUUUGGAGGACUCUUUUGGGUGCUUGCAACUUCCAUGGGAAUGUGGAGAUGGGUGAGAGAGUAAUGAGAAAGGUAUUGGAGAUGGAGAAAGGGUACAGUGGAGAUUAUGUUCUAUUGUCUAAUAUAUUUGCGGGUGUUGGAAGGUUUGAGGAUGCUGAGAGUGUAAGGAGAUGUAUGGAUGAGAGGGAUGUCCUCAAAAUUCCUGGUCUUAGUUUACAUGCACUCCAAAGCAGGAACAAGCAGACCAUGUGCAUGCACUAGUAGACACAGUAGCAGAACAAACUCCUAUUUGUUACUUUUGCUUCAGUCUCAAAGGGUCACUGAAGACUCAGAAAAAAACCUUGGAUUAGGUUGUGAGAUUUUUGGGAUGAUAUUCAAGUUCUUUCCUUUCUCUUCUAAUUCAAUAGUUCGAUUCUAUUUGGCCUUGCUCAUGUCUCUAUAUGUUGAAAUCGAGAGAGUGAGAGAAGUAAUUAAUAUAAAAGUUCCCUUAAA